AUGAGCGAGAAAUUAAUAUUCGAAACAAAACACGUGAAGCUUCCAAAAUUGAACAUUCAAAAGUUUUACGGUGAUUGCACUCAAUUUUAUUCCUUUUACAACACUUUCAAAGUCUCGAUUCAUGAAAAUGAAACGCUUUCAAAAACUGAGAAAUUUAACUACCUAAAAAGUUAUUUAGGCGGCCCUGCAGCUAAUGCAAUUGCGGGUUUUGAAAUUUCAGAUGAAAAUUACGAUUCUGCACUUCAAAUAUUAAAAGAACGAUUCGGACAAAAAGAUGUCAUAAUUAACAGCCAUAUGAACAAAUUGCUUAACUUAUCUCCUGUUUACAAAAUUACCGACAUUCCAAAGCUAAAACGGAUUCACAAUGAAAUAGAAGUUAACGUUCGGUGCCUUUCCGCUUUAGGAUUGGAGUCAAAUUCCUAUUCUUCAAUGCUGUUAGCAGUAGUAUUGAAAAUAAUCCCCCAUGAAUUGGCAUUGGAAUAUAAUCGACAAAAUAAGAAAAUCUCUUGCGUUCCAGACAUAAAUCAAUUCUUGAAUUUCUUGCAAACAGAAAUAUUAACAAGAGAACGAACUUAUUCGUGUAGGUCGAAGCCAAUUGAAUCAAACAGUAAGAAUAAAAAUUCACCUUUGUCUAAUAGACAAGAUAGCGCUCUAAAUUCCACCAGCGGUUUUUUCGUUGCUGCGAAGAAUGGAAAUGAAGCUUUCGCUGAUAAGAAAACGGAUAAUUGUUUAUUUUGCAAAAAAGAACACGAUGUUCUCAACUGUCGCUUAAGUGUUGAAAAAAAGAGAAACGUAUUGAAGAAUCAAGGUAGAUGCUUUUUGUGCCUUGGAUUAAGACACCGUUUGAAAGAUUGUUUAUCGGGAAGGAAUUGUAAGUACUGUUCCGGUAAACAUAAUGAAAAUAUUUGCUACAAGUUUAACAAUUUGGCUAACGAUAAAUCUAAUAAAGAAUCUCUUGUGGGCAAUGGGACGGAAAAUGUAAUUUCUGCUGUAUCGCAUAUGGGAAAUAGAAAUAGGACUCUUUUGCAAACGAGUUACGUGUUUGCAAAAAAUGAAAUCUUAGAUUCGAACUGUGGUACACGCGUUUUGCUGGACUGUGGUUCGAUGCGUAGCUUUACCACGCAAAACAUAGCUAAUAAAUUAAAAUGCAAAGUACUAAGGAAAGAAAAAUUAUCAGUGUACACGUUUGGAAGUAAAACCCCGAUCGAAAAACACUACGAUGUCAUCAAACUUACGUUAAUCAACAGAAACUCUCCCGACUUAAAAAUAGAAAUUGAACUGUUGGUUACAGACGAAAUAUCAGGAUCAAAUAUUCCCCCUCCCGAAGUUGAAGACUCUAAGGGUAUGAAACUCUUAAAAAAUAUGACACUCGCGGAUUUUCCAGAAAGUAAAGAACCCAUUACAACUUUGAUUGGUGCUGAUUAUUAUUAUAACGUUGUAACGGGAAAUAUUAAGCAUUUGAGCAAAACACUAGUUGCAGUUGAAACAAUUUUCGGUUGGUGUUUACAAGGGAAAAAGAGUGAAAAUAACUUUUCCUUAAUGAUGAAUGUAGUCGUAGAAAAUAGCGCGAUUUCAGAACAAAUUCAGAAGUUUUGGGACUUAGAAACUUCAGGUCUUAUUGAUUCGAAGCAAGAUGCUGACCCAACAGAAAGUGAAAUCAUGAGACAAUUCGAGUCUCAGAUCAAAUAUGAAAACAAAAGAUAUACAGUGGGGUUACCCUGGAAGUUAGAAAAGCGGGAUUUAAAAGAUAAUAGGAAGAUAGCUGAAGAGAGAUUUUCUAGACUUAGAAACAGAUUUUAUAGAAACCCAGAGUUGUAUUUUGAAUACAAAAAGGUGAUAGAAGACUAUUUACGACAAAAAAUUAUUGAACCAGUUAUUAACACAGAUGAGGAAGACGAAGUUAAAUUUUACCUGCCCCACAGAGAAAUAAUUAGGAAAGAUCGUGAGACGAGUAAAUUGCGUAUAGUUUUCGAUGCCUCCUCUCAUGAUUCUAAUUGUUUAUCUUUAAAUGACUGUCUUCAUAUAGGUCCAAAUUUAUAUUCUGAAAUAUUUGAUAUUUUAUUGAGAUUUCGCUUUCACCCCAUUGCUUAUACAACGGACAUGAAACAAGCAUUUUUGCCAAUUUCGCUCAAAGAAGAAGAUCGAAAUGUUACUCGUUUUUUCUUUACCGAUGACCCCUCAGACGAAUCUAUUGCACCCCAGUAUACUGAAAAAUAUCCGGUGACUACAAAAUUUUUAAAUGAUAAUAUUUAUGUCGAUGAUAUCAUCUGUAGUCUUGCAUCUGUAGAGGAAGCCUUAUCUCAUACAUUAGAGUCCAUAGUAAUUUUCGAAGAUGCUAGUUUGUCACUACACAAGUGGCGCACUAAUUCGAAGACCCUACGCGAAUUGUGGAAAAAACAUGGAGUGAUUUCGAGUGAUAAUGCCGAAUCCCUCAAAGAAGAAAAUAUGACUUACAAAGUCUUGGGUAUAGCAUGGGACAACUUAAAGGACAUUCUUUAUUUUGAUGUUGGAGAUCUAGUCAAAUUUGUUUCUAGAAGAACUGACACUAAACGUUACGUGCUCCAGGUCAUAGGACGCAUCUUCGAUCCUAUCGGAAUUUUAGGUCCUUUUACAGUGAGAAUUAAAUGUUUGAUGCAACAGAUUUGGGCGUUACGUAUUGAUUGGGAUGACAGAUUACCCGAAGAUCUAAGUUCGUUAUGGAGAAGCUGGUGCGAAGAAGUUUCUCAACUGACGGAAAUUUCAAUCCCACGCCAUUAUUUUUCCGAAAACCUAAAUAUUGAUAUCAAGACUCUUGAACUUCAUUUCUUUUGUGACGCAAGUAUGAAAGCAUUUGGAACAGUUGCCUACAUGCGUGUUUUAUCUCGAAAUGAAGACGUUCGAACGGCCUUUGUAGCUUCUAAAAAUAGAGUUGCUCCGAUAAAAUCUCUUACAUUGCCUCGGCUGGAGCUCAUGGCUGCAGUACUGUCAGCAAAAUUAAGUUUUAAUGUUUUGAAAUCCUUGAAACGUGACAUUCCGUGCUAUUUCUGGUCUGACUCGAAGAUAACAAUUUUUUGGAUAAAAGGAAAUCCUGAAAAAUUCAAACCUUUUGUCAAGAAUCGGGUUGAAGAAAUUCGCAAAUUCACAGCACCUUCAGACUGGUUUUUUUGCCCCGGAAAAGUCAACCCCUCAGAUACCUUGUCGAGGGGAGCAAAAGUUUCUAAACUGCUAGAAGAUCCAACCUGGCUGACAGGACCGCAGAGGCUAAAAAAUUCUCCAGAAUACUGGCCGAAGUCAGAAAAUGAUGAAGCAAUAAAUACAGAAGAAUUAGAAUACAGAAAGAAAUCGAAGGACAUCUUUCAGUGUGAAUGUCUUGUUGAAGAAAAGGAAAAUCCAAUCAACAUUACUAAAUUUAGUAAUAUGGAGAAGUUGGUAAAGAUUACAGCUUGGGUGAAGAAGUCGAUCAUGAAAUUUAGAAAGAUUUCUAAUAUAGAAAACACAUUGACCGCUGAAGAAUUAAUAGAAACUGAGAAUCAUCUGAUAAGAUUAGAACAGAAGAUCUUUUUUAAAGAAGAUUACGAAUCCUUGAAGAAUGGAGAUCCGAUUCAAAAAGACUCUGAUUUGUUUAACUUUUUGCCAUUCAUGGAUGAAAAUGAAAUUAUCAGACUAGGAGGAAGAUUAGAAUUUGCUGAAUUAUCUACAGAAGAAAGACAUCCUAUUAUUCUUCCAAAACGGUCCUGGCUGACAUUUUUAAUCACAAGAAGAGAACAUGAGAAAAUGAUGCACGGUGGAACAGCUUGCACUUUAGCUCGAAUUCGGCAACGUUUCUGGAUUCCAAAGGGACGGCAAUUAGUCAAGAGUGUAAUCAAAAAGUGUCUAAUCUGCCAAAAAUAUCUUUCGAAGGCUGCUAAUCAAAUUACAGCUCCGUUGCCGUUUGACAGAAGUAACGCCUCGCCUCCAUUCUCAGUUUGCGGAUUAGAUUUUGCGGGACCGAUUUAUGUGAAAAUUUUUAAAGAAGUUCGAAAAUCCUAUAUAGUUUUGUUUACCUGUGCGAUUACUAGAUCAAUUCACCUUGAACUCGUUAGCGAUAUGACUACAGAUUCCUUCUUAUUGGCACUUCGAAGAUUUUUAGCUAGAAGAGGAAACUGUAAGGUAAUAUAUUCGGAUAACGCGAAAACCUUUAAAAGGGCGAGAAAAGAAAUAGAAGAUUUAUCAAAAAUUAUUUCUGACAAAUUACUUUCGCAAUUUCUAACUAAAGAAAGAAUAGUUUGGAAAAAUAUAAUUGAAAGGGCGGCUUGGUGGGGAGGUUUUUACGAGCGACUUGUGAAAUCCGUAAAAGAUUGCCUGCGGAAAAUUGUAGGGAAAGCUUUAUUAAAUUUUGAAGAAAUGUCUACAUUGCUUACAGAAAUAGAAACCGUCCUCAACUUGCGACCGCUAACUUACGUCUAUAAUGAUAAUAGUGAACCUUUGCCUUUGACACCAAUGCACUUCCUAAAUUUUGGACGAGAACCUCAAUAUCCUAUCAAUUUCGCAGGAAUAGUAGAAAAUGAAUCGAAAAGAUCUUCACUUUUGAAACGGAAAAAAUAUCAAUCUCUUCUUCUCCGGCAAUUAUGGAUAAAAUGGAAGCAGCAAUAUUUACUUGACCUCAGAACUGUUCACUCUUUGAAUAAUCCAAACAAACAACCGGCACUUAAGAUAGGAGAUGUAGUGCUCAUCGAAGAGGAUUCCAAAAACAAGCUGCUAUGGAAACUCGGAAAAAUUGAAAGAGCGUUUCUCGGACGGGAUAAUAACGUACGCUCAUACGAAGUUAAAACUGCUUCUGGACUUUUGCGGAGAACGAUACAACACUUGUAUCCCUUGGAACUUUGA